UCCCCGUGACGGACGAUGGGGCGGAUGGAGAAGCUGCCGACUAGCUCGACGUGCGAAAUAAUGAUGGUCGACGGCAUGACAGUUUAUGAGGAAGCCGGCACCGACCGGUGGCUCGAGCGGCAAGCGGGUGUGUCCGAGCUGCCUCUUCAGAACCCAAUUCACUCCACUCUCAUAUUCUCCAAAGCCGACGCCCUCAAGGACCAUCUGCACCACCUCUUUCCCGAGCCUUUCUGGCCCGUCAUCUGCAAGGACCUGAACGGGUCCUUCUACUGCGACGAUGUCCUCGACGACGAGUACAACCUUGUCAAGCACGUAUCUUGGUCGUGCUUCAAAAUCAAGCGCGUUCGCGAGCCCCAUCAGUACGAAUGGGUGCAGACCACCGUCUUCGUAACCUGGUACCCCAACACCCAGAGACAGGUCAUCUACAUCAUCGACCUCCCCCUUGAAGACAAAGAAUUCCUUCAACUCCUCCCCCCGGCAAAAUCACGCAACCGCAACCCCUAUGUCUGGCACACAGCCUUCGCGGGCGCCAUUAUCGAACUCUACGAUCGAUCGAUCUGGGGGCUGCGCGAUCUGGUCCGCACAACUGAAAAGGCCCGAGUCAACACCACCAAUCUAACCCCCGACUUCUUCCCCCACCUCCAUGACAUCGCUCGUCACAUCUUCCACUCCAAUGAGACCCUCGAAAUUGCCGAACAUACCCUGCAGAGUCUGGUUACCGAACAGGCCCGCUCGCGCGAUCUCUAUCCCACGCUCGACCGUGGCACAUGGCUACAGAAUGAGCGCCAGCUGCUGUUCCGUGCAAAGGAGCUGCAUUCGCUAAAGACGAGGAGUCGGUCGUUAGCGGAGAGGUUGCACAACGAGAUUAAUUUGGGAUUCAACCUCGUCUCGCAACGCUUCGGCGGCGACGCCAAAUCCGACAGUGCGAUGAUGAAGACCGUCGCCAUCGUCAGUAUGGUAUAUCUGCCGGGGACGUUUGUAUCGGGCCUCUUCGGAACCAAUUUCUUCGACUACAGCAACGGGAAGGAGGUCAUGACGUCGUCUUUUUGGAUCUACUGGGCCAUCACGAUCCCGUUGACCCUCGCCACGAUGCUGGCGUGGGCGUGCUGGCAUUAUUACCCGUGGCGGAAGACGGUACCGGCGGAGGAGAGAAAGCGCGCGGAGACGUUUACUCCGGAGGGAGGGGGUGUGUAGUUAUAGUUAUGCGGGGAGUUGUGCAGUUGAUACGUUUCAUUUCAGGUUUAUAUAGAUGCAGUUACGAGUG